CUGUCUGUUUCUGCACGCUCCCUGGCAGUGCGAAUCGGAGCUGCUCAGAGAUGGAACUCGGCGCAUCUUGGUAUCACUCCCAGCGCGAUCGGCGUGCCAGUCCAGAGGCGACAUGACAGCGCACAACCGGGAAAAGAUCAACCGCCCACUGCGGGUCUCUGCACUCUCUGGUCCGGGCAAAGGUAUCCUCCGCUAUGCCGUGUUGUUGGCGGUCUGCAGUCUUUGCUACAGCAACUCUGUGCGAGGGGAGUUCGUGCACGACGACGUGUGGGCUAUCACCAACAACCCAGACGUCAGACCUGGCUCCAGCUUGAGGAGCAUCUUCAGCAAUGACUUUUGGGGCAAGAGGAUGUCGGAUAACACCAGCCACAAGUCCUACAGGCCACUGUGCAUUCUCACCUUUAAGUUGAACAUCCUGCUGGGCGGCAUGGAGCCGUUCCACUUCCACGUGGUGAACGUGUGUCUGCACUGUGCGGUGACGGCCAUGCUCCUGCACACCUGCGAGUGCUGCGUGUUUGAGGACCGACGCCUGGCCUUCCUCACCGCCCUCCUCUUCGCUGUACACCCCAUCCACACAGAGGCCGUGUCUGGCAUUGUGGGGAGGGCAGACGUGUUGGCAUGCCUGCUAUUCCUCCUGACAUUUCUCUCCUAUAUUAGGAGUGUGUCAGUGUGUGAUUCGGAGGAGGACUUACCCCGUCUGGCGUCUGUGGGCUACCUGCUGCUGAGUCUGGCGCUGGGCACCUGUGCCAUGCUGGUCAAGGAGACAGGCAUCACCGUAUUCGGCGUCUGUGUGCUCUACGAUGCCCUGGUUUUAUGCCGCAAGCCAUUCCUCCUGCAUCUCUCCUGUUCGGGGCUGAAGGAUCUGCUGCGACUCUGUACUCCUUUCAUCAAGCGCGCCUGUUUCAUCUCUCUCCAUGUGGUGUUCAUCAUGUGUGUGAGGCUGUGGCUGAUGGGAGGCUCCAUGCCCCUCUUCUCAGAGCAGGACAACCCCGCCUCCUUCUCCCCGCACCUCCUCACCAGGUUACUGACCUACUGUUACCUGCUGGCCUUCAACGCCUGGUUGCUGCUGGCUCCCAUUGUGCUGUGCUACGACUGGCAGGUGGGCAGCAUCCCCCUGGUGGAGUCGCCGUGGGAUACGCGGAAUGCCACAUCCCUGUUGCUGGCACUGGGGCUGCUGGCACUCUGUCUGCACUGUGUGCUAUCCUUACAGAGAGUGGAGAACAGAGAGCUCCUGGUGGGCCUCCUCUUCCUCAUGUUCCCCUUCAUCCCUGCCAGCAACCUCUUCUUCAGGGUGGGCUUUGUGGUGGCCGAGAGAGUCCUCUACAUGCCCAGCAUGGGCUACUGUAUCCUGGUGGUGCAUGGGCUGAGCCGGCUGUGUGGUGUGGUGGGGCGCUGGGGGGCGGCGGCCCUCACCCUCACCAUGCUGCUGCUGCUGCUGCUCUUCUCCCUGAAGACCGUGCAGCAGAACCAGGUCUGGCUCUCCAGGGAGGCGCUCUUCAGGUCUGGAAUCCAGACUCUGCCCCACAAUGCCAAGGUGCACUACAACUACGCCAACUUCCUGAAGGAUUGUGGACGCAAUGAAGAGGCCAUCCACCAUUAUAAAACUGCUCUCAGGCUGUACCCUCGGCAUGCCAGUGCCAUGAACAACUUGGGCACGUUAACGCGCCACCCAGAGGAGGCGGAGAGCUACUACAGGAGGGCUCUGGACAUCAACCCCCAGCACAACAGGGCCCUGUUCAACCUGGGCAACCUACUCAAAUCUCAUGGGAAAGAGGAGGAGGCGGAGCUCAGUCUGAGGGAUUCCAUCCGCUACGGGCCGCAGUUUGCUGAUGCUUACUCCAGCCUGGCCUCCCUCUAUGCUGAGCAGAAGCGAUUUGCUGAGGCAAAUGAGACGUACCUCCAGGGAAUUGAGAACUGCCCUGACAGUUCAGACCUGCACAAUAAUUAUGGGGUUUUCCUGGUGGAUACUGGAGAUGGGGAGCGUGCCGCUGAGCACUACCAGCUUGCCGUGCGUCUGAAGCCUGCUCACUACGUGGCCAUGGUCAACCUGGGACGCCUCCUGCGCUCAGCCAACGACAACAAGGAAGCCGAGACAUGGUACAAGAGAGCGCUGCAGGUGACUCGUAAGGUGGACAUCUUGAGUCCUCUGGGAGCGCUGUACUACAACACGGGCCGCUAUGAGGAGGCCCUGCAGGUCUACAGGGAGGCAGCGGCCCUGCAGCCCCACAGCACCGACGUCUGGCUCGCCCUGGCCCAGGUGUUGGCCAUGGCAGGCCGCAGCAAGGAGGCUGAAAAGAUGACCAUGGGUGUCAUAUCCAAGAGCUCCACUUGUAUCGAGUGUUACAGACUCCUGUCAGCCAUCUACAGCAAGCGGGGGAACCACACUGAGGCGUUAGAUGCUCUGGAUCGAGCGUUGCAGCAUAGCCCAUCAGACGACAGCAUUCGGGCGGAGCUCCACUUCUCCAAGGGCAACCAGCUGCGAGAGAUGAACCAGCUGGACCGAGCCUUUGAGAGCUACAAGCUGGCAGUACAACUUAACCCUGAUCAGUCCCAAGCUUGGAUGAACAUGGGAGGAAUACAACAUAUCAAGGGAGAUUAUGCUGCGGCGAGGACGUACUACGAGCGAGCUCUACUGCUCUCACCGGGCUCCAAACUACUCAAGGAGAACCUCGCCAAGCUGGACCGCCUGGAGAGUGCUCGCAAAGUGAAAGAAGGAAAAUUGUAACAAUAACAGCUCUCCCAAUAGAGGACACCAGCUAACAUGGAAAAGGCACUUCAUGGGAAGGGGAAGGGGAGGGGGAGUACAAGACAGUCCUGAAGGAUGACACUUCUGUGCAAAGCCUGGGCUAAUGGGUGAGUCGGAAGAUGUAGAAGAAUUUGGCAGAUGAAGUCUGGGGGAGUGGAGUGGGUUGAAAGAGGAUUACAUGAAACUUACAAUUUGAUUCAAUGGCUACACAAUUCUUAUAUGAGGAAAAUGAAAAAAGGGGCCACUUUUAGCUACAAUAUUUGUUGAACAUUUUAGAUGGAAUGUGUGUGCCAUAGGGAAAUGAUGAGAAAUAGGCCCCUUUAAUGGCACGAGCCAUAUAAGACCUCUAUAGUGCGUAUAUGAAUCAUAUUUGUAAGUAUCAUGUAUAUAUUUGCGCUGCCUCGUGAGUAGUGUGGGGAAGGGGGAGUACAAGACAGCCCUGGAGAGACAUUGCAUCAGUGAGGAGCCAGACCGGGUGGAUGAGGGGAGUUGAAGAAUUUGAGGAGAAUUUUGCUUGUCACAACUGGGACACAGACGCACACAGGGAGACUCCAGCCUAUACGGACCUCAGGAACAGACAAAUAACACAUGAACAACAGACAGUGAUUCUACAGAAUUAUCCAUUACCUGUAUAUGAAUAAGCUUUAACUGAACCUUUCAUUCUCACACACAUCGAAUUUCAUCUUCAUUCAUGGGGGAUGGAUGGUGUGUUUUGAGGAUGUGAGGAACUAUUUUGUUGAAACAGAAGCAUUUGGGGGGUGCUGUGGCGCAGUGCACUAAGUCCAAGCAUUUGGGCUUGCAUGCCCAUGGGGACCCCAGUUCGAGUCCAGCUGGGGUCAUUACCCAGGCCUACCCCAUGGGUGCAUCCCAAUAUGUGUCCUUGCCUCCUCCACUUGUGCUUGUCUCCUCGUCCCGCCUCCUGGCCCCUCCUCCGUGGAGAAAACGAUAAAGUUUCCCAGCUGUCAGCCUCGCCACAACAACUUUUGAGGGACUGUUUUUCAUUCACCAUCCCAAUUGCAAAUGAGAAAAAUACUUUACAAUUGAGCUUUUGUAAGAUAUUGAAACAUAAUGCUGUUGUCAGUGAUGUCAUCAUGACGAGAAGCAAGUGGAGGAGGCAAGUGGAGGAGGCAAGGUCACAUAUUGGGAUGCACCCCAUAUCUCUCUCCAGCUCAUUUCCUGUCUCCUCUCACACUAUCCUGUCAUAAUAAAAGACCCAACAAGCCCCCAAAACAUUCUAUGAAAAAAUAAAAGAAACAGAAGCAUUUUGGUGUAGUGACUUCGACAUUGUACUUUUGACUACACUGAAAUCUACUGUGUGAAUAAAAAUG